AUCCCGCAGUAAAUAAACCAUAUCGGUGUGAGAUUAAGGUUUUACCGUUUGUUUGGUCAAACGUGCUGUCAGAGAUCCUUCUGCAAUCUUAGAACUAGAGCAUUGUUGAUCGAUCCUGCAAUUGUUUGUUUCCCUAUCUGAGAUCAACCGCUGAAAGAAAUUAGAGUGAAGUAAUGGUCACACGCGCUUUACAAAGUUACCUGCUUUUUAAGUUGAAGGUGGUUUAAGCUGAGCCCAGAACCCAAUUUUCCUGAGGAUUUUCCAUCAGUUUGAAGAAGCCCAGUUCAGGAAAGAGAACUCAGAUCAGAUGGUUUUAUUUUAUUUUCAAUCUUUUCUAGUUGGUGCUAAGAUAUCCAAGUCAGUAAAUACUGUUUUGUGAACUGGGAGGUGGUUUUUUUUCUUCAAGAAAUCUAGUGCAAAAGACACAACUGACUUCAAGAAUUCUAAUUUUUCCUGAAGAAAUUAAGUCACUUUUGCAUUCCAGAUCGGGAGACAUUGAUUCGUAGGCUGGGUAGUUGUUGUUUUGUGCAAGUUUGUAUCAGAGCGAGUGAUGGUGGAGGGAAAGAAUCUUGAAGAAGCCUCUGGUGGUUUUGAGGAGGAAAAUGAGUCCAAGAAGGGUUUUUGUGGUUGUUUCUGCCUUCCAAUCAUCUGGUUUAAAAUGCUUGCAACUGAAAUGCAUUGGAGUUUUGUAUUUGGAGUGGUGGUUGUUUAUGGAAUAAGUCAGGGAUUGGGUGGUGCUCUUUCUCGUGUAGGCACGGAGUAUUACAUGAAGGAUAUUCAGAAGGUGCAGCCUUCUGAAGCACAGAUUUAUGGAGGAAUUACUUCCAUCCCUUGGAUUGUCAAGCCGCUCUGGGGUCUUCUUACAGAUGUUCUCCCAAUUUUUGGCUAUCGCAGGCGGCCUUAUUUCGUUUUAGCUGGUUGUCUGGGUGUGGUCUCCAUGCUCUUGUUAUCAUUGCACGAAAAGCUACAUCUUGUAUUGGCCCUAUUGUCAUUGACGGCCGGAAGUGCUGGGGUUGCAAUAGCAGAUGUGACCAUAGAUGCCUGUGUGGCACAGAAUAGCAUUUCCCAUCCUUCUCUUGCAGCUGACAUGCAAAGCUUGUGUGCCUUGAGUUCCUCUAUUGGAGCACUAGUAGGAUACUUCAUAAGCGGUAUCUUUGUUCACCUCAUAGGCCCUAAGGGGGUGUUUGGUUUGUUGACAAUCCCUGCUGGACUUGUAUUUUUAAUUGGAAUUAUGCUUGAUGAGCCUCAUAUGCCCAACUUUGCUUACAGACAGGUAAACCAGAAGUUUCUUGAUGCUGCCAAGGCUAUGUGGACAACACUGAAAUGCCCAGAUGUUUGGAAGCCCUGUUUAUACAUGUACUUCUCCAUUGCAUUGAGCUUGGAUAUCCGUGAGGGAAUGUUCUAUUGGUACACGGACUCAAAAGGGGGUCCCUUGUUAUCUCAGGAGAAAGUUGGUUAUAUAUUCUCAAUUGGUUCAGCUGGCUCCCUCUUGGGGGCAAUCCUUUACCAGAAUGUUCUGAAGGAUCACCCCUUCCGAGACUUGUGCUUCUGGACUCAGUUGCUUUUUGGUUUAUCAGGAAUGCUGGACUUGAUCCUGGUGUUUCGAUUGAAUUUGAAAUUUGGCAUAUCAGAUUAUUUUUUCAUUGUUAUUGAUGAAUGUGUGCAUCAAAUGAUUGGAAGGCUCAAAUGGAUGCCUCUUCUUGUACUCAGUUCAAAGCUUUGCCCCUCUGGUAUAGAAGGCACUUUCUUUGCUCUGCUCAUGUCUAUCGACAAUGUUGGACUUCUCUCAGCAUCAUGGGGAGGAGGCGGCCUCCUCCAUAUAUUGAAGGUUACCCGGACCAACUUUGAUAAUCUAUGGUUGGUCAUAUUGAUUCGGAACAUAUUGAGAAUCAGUCCACUUUGUCUGCUAUAUUUGAUACCUAGAGGUGAUCCCAACUCUUCCAUUCUUCCAACUGAAAUCUUGGAUACAAAAGAGAGGACUGAAACUCAAGGAACUGAGAAUAUUGAAUUGGUUUCGCUCAUAAAUGACGUUGAUGUUAAAUAGCUGAACACAAAAGUCAAUUCACAUCGAAUUCUUCUUAGAUCUUCUUUUGCAAACACGUGGAUAAAGCCGAAGGUGCUUAGUUUGAGGCCGGAGAGGUGAUAAUUAUUGGAAUUAUGUGGGUAGAUCUUUCUUAUGAUUGUAAAAUUAACCUUCUUACGGGUCUUACCUGUCGGCUUUCGUUGCAAAGUUUUUAAAUUGAUGUUCAUAGAAGACUGGUUGAAUGAAAGAACGCAAAUUUUGAUAUUA